GAGAGGCGACGAACGUGUCCGGCUCGUGCGAUAACUUCCCGUAUAAAAUGAUCCGUGCUAUACAAUAAUUGUUCUUAGUAUGUGUUGUGAUAUGUGAAUGGACUUAUUGAUAAUUUACAUGCCUGUGUUUCACAACAAAGCAGCGAUGUGGUCGCGCAAGCAGUCAGUCUGCAGUGCUCUUAGCGGCGUCUCCAAAGGUGACGAGCCUCUGACGGCUGGUAUCCGAGUCUACCCAUUUGCUGUUGCCUUAAGAGUUAGAGUAUUGCAGAUCGUCUGUGGCAUUGGUGGUCUGGUGGUAGGUGCAGUUGGAUGGUUGGAAGAAAAACAAAAACCAGCACUAGGAUUAGGAGUACCUGCAGGAGCCAUAACAGUUGUAGCAGCAACAACUUCAGUAUACUUCAGUCGUGGUUUCGGAGGUUGGAACACAGCGAGAUCGCGGACAUCGAGGUCUUGGGGUGGGCCGUGGCGGGUGCUGGGGCCAGCUCCGUGCGCCGCUGUGCCUCUCACCGCAUUGUGGACAGUCGCUAUAGCCGCGCAUAUAGCAAUGCUAGCAAUUUGUAUAAGAACGCUGAUGAAUUUAGGCUGCAACAGCACAACAUGUGUGGGCGUUGCGGUGGCGCAGCUCGUAGUGUCAAUCAGCACGUUGGCUGCGACUGUGUAUAUGCUGCAAUUGGACCUCAGGUUCGAUCCCGCCGUCACUCCGCCAAGACCUUCCGAUGCACAUACUGCCGUUUCUAUGGUACCAUUGACAUCAGUAGCAGUAAACAGCGGUAACAGUGGGGAUGGUGAAGCUGGGAGUCCGUUCGGGAAGGACAAGAACUCACAAUCGCCACAAAUAGAUCCCACUUGAUAAAGUUAAUCUACAUAGAUUAAAUGCCGA